AUGUCGAUUGCUAAUAAUGAAUACAAAUAUUACGAAGUACUUGGAUGCAAUAAGGACUCAACAUAUGACGAAUUGAAACGUGCGUAUCAUAAACUAGCGCUUAUUUAUCACCCAGAUAAGGCGAAGAGUAAAAAAAAUAAUGAUAACGCCAAUGAGACUGGCGGUAAUUUGAAUAAUAAAAAGUUUACAGAAAUAGAAGAAGCUUGGCGGGUACUGAGUGAUAAAGAUUUAAAAACAAAAUACGACGCAGAAUGUCGUCAAGCUGAAUUAGAAGUAGAUAAUUUAUUAAUUUACGAUAGAAUAAAUAUUAAAUCGAUGACUGUUGAAGAUGAUGUCCUGAGUUACCCAUGUCGGUGUGGCAGCAAUUAUCUAAUAAACUCUGAUGAAUUUACCGAAAGUAUUUACAUUCCGUGUUCCGAGUGCACAUUUUGUAUCUAUCUUGAGAAAUAA